AUGGUCAAGGACUUCGUGCAUCAGUCGAGCUACGAUCAUUCGUGGUCGUCGUGCGUGCGCUCCUACUUCCUACGCUAUCCCAAUCCGAGCGCCUCGCACGUGCUCUCGGUAGAUGUGAUCGAUCGCCGCAUCGAAUACCGCCCUGUUCGGAGCGGGUCGUACUCGACGCCGAGUUCGUCGUCCGUGACGCUCGAUUCGCAAAUCGACACGAUCCCAGUGCUUUGCACUACGCGACUUAUCCUCAAGCGCGGCAAUCUGCCAAAGUGGGCGCCGUCGGGAAUCAUCAAGAAUGCCGAGAGCUGGGUGAUGGAACAGAGCGAGGUUGAGCUCGACCUCUUUCCGCCCAGAGCAAGCGCAACGGCGCAGGGCUCCUCCGACGAUGGGUCGGCGUCGCCCACGCAGCUAGAUACGAGCCUCAAGGGACGCACCAAGAACGGCAGAGCGAUGCGGAGCUGGACGCGCAAUCUCGACCAUACCACCGUCCUGGCAGUGACCGAGGGUCUGGUGUACAAGGAGCGCUUCGGCUUCAUGCUCCCUAGCGAGGCAAGCGAAGGCGAUCGAAAGCAGAGCGCAGCUGGUGCCGAGCAAGCAGUGUGGCGCUCCUACUGCAAGACGCUGACGACAGCACAGAUCGAGUCGCAGAUGAGCUUCGGGAUGCUGCGACGACGCAUCGAAAAGUUUGGCCUGGCGCGUUUUGUUGCGCACAAGGACACGUCUCAACAAGGCAUCAUGUGGACGCGCUCGCAGAUCAUGGACGGCGACGAGCAGCGACUGGGAUCGACGAAGCGCGAACACGACGUCUUGCAGCGCACCUCGAUGCCACAGAAGAGGAUCAAGCUGCUGGAAUCGCUGCGGCCGCCAUUCCUGGACGGCUAUCCGCUCGGGCCGUGGCAGAAGCUCAAGAUGUGGUGGUACUCGGGCCACUAUUCGCAAGUCAAGGAGUUGCAAGACGGCUAUCUCAUCGAGCGAGACGAGGACGAGGAUGUCGAUCCAGAAAGCAAGAGGUCUCGCCAGGCGACCGAAUCCAGCAGCGAUGGAAGCUCUAGUGGCGAGACAGAGCUGCGUUUCCGUGGCGCCGAACAGGAGGGUCCUUGGGCCGAGCUGAGCGGGCGAAAAGGAAAAGGCGCGGUGUACAGCGACCAAGAUCGCAACAUGGAGGAGGGUGUGUUGAACCGCGUGCGUUCGCGUCUCGGUCUGCCUCUUGUGCAGCCUCCUGCGGCUAACGAGGCCGAGAUGGCGGGGAGAAGGCCGAACAUCAUUGCGCAGGCGCUUGUGCGCGCAAGAGUGAAAGCCAAGUCGCUUCUAGGCUUCGACGAAGACGAGGUGCAUGCAAAGCAGCAGACCCAGGGUAGGCUCGCUCAGAUCGAUCGCGACCGCACCGUGUAG